UGUCCUAUAACCCGUAACAGCUGUGACCUGAUUCAAAAUUCGUCUCCCUAAAAAUCUCCCGGCUCCUUGGUCUUCUGUAUCGUUUAUCCAACAGAAAUGGACAUCCCUAUCUACGACUGUCUCGCUGAAGCACUGCGCAUGCCCAACAAACAUGAGGAGACGGAGGCACCCAAAGAGGACCAGUCGUUAGACAUGGGAAGUGGACAUGACGAGGAGAAGGCAUUUUUAAGGCAGGAAACAAGCACUGAAAACCCUGCCCUUACAGACAGUAAUGUUUCAUCGCAUGACCAGACGGAUACAGGCCAGAUAGACACAGCAAAACAUACUGUGGACAAGCCCAAACGCUACCUGUGUGAGGUAUGUGGGUACAGAACAGCUGUGCGCUGCCACUUAUCACAACACAUGAGAAAACAUACUGGUGAAAGGCCCUACAAAUGUGACCUGUGUGAGUAUUCUGCUACACAGAAGGACAACCUGGACAAGCAUAUGUUGAUGCACAGUGGUGAGAAACCCUACAUGUGUGGGGAAUGCGGGUACAGGACAACCCAGAAGUCUCAUCUUGCCCGUCAUAUGAAAACACACACAGGAGAAAAGCCCUACCAGUGUGGGGAGUGUGGAUAUGGAACAGUCGACAUGUACAAACUUUCCCUACAUAUGACCAAACAUACAGGUGAAAAGCCCUAUGUGUGUCAGCAGUGUGAUUAUGCCACGGCCCGGAAAAAUAAUCUAGACAGACAUGUCAUGUCAAAACACACUGGUGGCUGUGGUGAGAGUAUUGUGGAGUGUGAGUGGUCAACUUUAGCCCUACACAUGAAAACACACACAGGAGAAAAAACCUAUGCUUGUAAGGAAUGUGGCUAUAUAACCAGUUAUAAGUCUCACCUAUCUAAUCAUAUCAGAAAGCAUACGGGUGAGAAACCCUACAAAUGUGACCAGUGCGACUAUUCUUCAGCACAGAAAUCAUGUCUAAAUCGACACAUGGCAAAACACACAGGUGACAAGCCUUACAUGUGUGAGAAGUGUGGAUACAGGACUGCUGAUAGAGGCAACCUUUUACGGCAUGUGAGAAAACACUAGGUUGACCAUCUGUACUCCUAAUGUGGAAUAUCUUACAGUUUUUAUAACUAAUGUUGUGGCUUCUGAAUUUAUAUCUUGUGAAACACUGAUAAGGCCACACAAAGUAAUUUUUAUGGAUGAAGUCCUCUGGAGACCCAAAUCUAAUGUGA